ACAUAACCAGUCAAUAAGAACUAAUAAAAGAACGUAAUAUAAAUUUGAUAUUAUGGCGUUAGUCGCUUAUGCUAAUAGUGAUAGUGAUAACAUAACUGAUGAUGAAGACGAUUUACCUUCUGGUGGUGUUGAAAUAAUCGAAAAGCCUGCAAUAUCCACUGAAAAUCCGGAAUUAUUCACAACUUUACCUCAGCCUAAAACAGUCAAUCAAUUUGUGGAUAUCAAAGAAGAAAACGAUGAGUUUCUGUUGAAAAAAGAGCAACCCACCGAAAAACCUGUGAAAAAACCUGUUAGAAUUAUUGCACCAUCUUUGAAAGACUUUGAUAGUGAUGAAGAAGAUGAACCAAAAGAUAAAAGACAAAAAAUUGUCUCAAAAUCCAGUGGUUUAUUUUCAAUAUUACCACCACCCAAGAUAGCAACAGUCACAACAAAGACUUUAAUACCUAAUUCAGUUGCCAAAAAUGCUAAAAAGGCAUCAAAUAAUUUAAUACCAAGAAAUGUCAAGACAAAAGCACAAAAUACAACUUCACAAAGUAAAAACAUGACUUCUGAUGAUGAAGAUGAUGAUUUUAAAGUAGAGGAGUUUGAUGUGAAUGCAUGGAAAGCUGUCUGUGGCAGAAAACCCAAACUAGAGCCAAUUGUACAAGUGGUUGAUCAUAGUGAACAAAAUAUUCAAGCAGAUAUUGUAUCUGCACCUGAACCUGCUAAGCCUUAUGAAGGUUUAGACAAUGAAGCAUUCAAAAAAUUAGUUGGUUCUUCUAAAAUUCGCCCAGAAAAUAUUAAAUUCAUUGAUAUAAAUGAAGAGGAAGUAAUGACAGAUGAAGAUAUCAUAAGAGCUAAAGCCUUGACUGAUCCAGAAGUAGAAAGACCUUCAGCAGCUGAAGGAGAGCCUAUAAGUGCCAUGAGUAAACGGAAACAUCAUAUUACUUACUUAGCUCAACAGGCGAAGGCAAAUGAACAAGAAUUGAAAAAUAGAUGGGCUUCAAAUAAAUAUUCUAGAAAACAAACACAGGCAAAAUAUGGUUUUUAAAAUAGAAAUAAAGAUUUAAUAAGUUUAAUAAAAGUAAUAA